AUGGUUUACUUGAAUCGUCUUCUCGCUCUGUCGAGCCUUUUGUCGCUCGGUCAAGCUCAGUGGUCUCGAAAUGUUCCCUUGGAGACUCGCACUCUGGACGAGAUCUACGAAGCCGCAAAGAAGGAGUCCGGCCCUUUGAUUGUGUCCUCUGGUGGAGAUGCAUGGCUAGCCGGAAACCAGAACGAUUUCAUCAUCGAUGCGUUCCAGAAACGCUUCCCUGAUAUCCAGGUGAACUGGACAGUCGACCUCUCCAAGUAUCACGCGAGCCGCAUUGACCGUGGCUUCUACGGCAAGGGGGAGACAACCGAUGUGGUUAUCCUGCAGACCCUGCAGGAUUUCCCUCGCUGGAAGUCGCAGAACCGCCUUAUGUACUACAAGCCAACAGUGUGGAACGAUAUUUAUGCUUCUGAGCGUGAUCCUCACGGUGCUUAUCUUCCUAUCGCAGAGUAUGGCUUCGGCGGUAUCUUUUGGGACAGCACCAAGCUGAACGAAUCCGAGGUGCCCGACGACUACGCAUCUUUCACUGACCCUAAAUGGCACGGAAAGCUGGUCCUCACCUAUCCCAACGAUGAUGAUGCCGUUUUGUAUCUCUUCGCUAAGAUAAUCGGCCGCUACGGCUUUGAGUGGCUCAAUGCCCUUCAAGCGAACGAUGUUCAGUGGGUACGGGGCUCCUACACCCCCGCUGCCGUUAUCUCGGCCGCCCAUAACAACACAAGAAAUCCUCGGUCGAUCACUUUCACCACCGCCGAUGGUUCGGAGAACUGGUGGGGAAUUAAGAACCCUCAAAAGGACGAGAGCAUGAGCUGGUCCCAGACGGCAGCCAUCCUCGCGAGCACGAAGAAACCGGAAACCUCCAAGCUUCUGCUCAGUUUCUUGGUCAGCGACGAGUGGCAGAAGGCUCAGGCUGAUGCGGGCAGCUUCGUUCCCCGGGUUAGCCUGGACCAGGGCAGACUUUACGAGCAGAAUGUUAGUGAGGUUGGUGGCUUCCGGGUCUUUAUGAGCCAGCGCAAUGUUGUCGAUUGGUGGAAGAGCCAGUUGGAGACUACUUUGGGUACUCCUCAGGGACCUAGCCCGCUGGAUGUCUAUCCUCGUGUCUAGUUGGGGUAAUGCUGCACCUGCAGGUUG